AUGGACGUACUGGGGAAGAUCGUACAAGGCACAGGCUGCGCCGUGGACGGUACCGUGGCGGCACAGAACCCGCUGUCACGCGCGCUAGACAGCGUCGUGCAAUCACAAGCACGUGGCCGUCAGGCCCGAGGCCAUGCGUCCUACGGAGCGCGGAGUGAGCUGCAGAUGCAAAUGCAGCGCCCUAACGUAGUACAGGGAGCCAACCCGCAGUUCCUUGCAGCGUUCGAGCAAGAGGCAGCCAGCCGCUCGCGCAUGGAGGCAGCCUUUCGGUCGGGUGAAGCACAGCAGCAGAUGAUGCAUGCGCACCAGGCGUCGAUGGAGGCGGCGUUCGAAGAGGCCCAGCGUGCGCAGUUCCAGCACAUGACAGGUCCACCACCGCCGCCCAUAAUGGACCCGCAGAUGAUGUAUCCGCGUGCCAUGCAGCAUGACAGUUGGGUCGAAGACUUUCGCUCCAACCAUCUCGAUGACGCCUGGCAGACGGCUGGCAAGUCUCACCACGAGGUGGCGUGGGAAGAGACGAAGGCACCGGUGCCCAUGCACAAGCCUAUGAUGCAAGCUGCUCCAGUGGCAGCUCAGCAGGCCGACACUUUACUGGAUCUGGAGGCGGCGAAGAAUUUGGAGGCGCAGCAGGCCUCCAGCGAGAUGGCGCGGACUAUGAGUCAGAAUCCAAACUCCAAGUUCCAGAACAGUCAAUUCCUUAAAUUCAUGAAUCAGGUGAGCGCGGGUGAGGUUCAAAUUGACGAGGAAAAAAACGAAGUUGUCAAUGGCCAUCUCAAGAUGGAGGGCGCACUGGAAGGGGCGUGGGAAGACACGUCGGAUAUGCACUCGAACCGAGAUCUUUUCGACGCGAGCUGGAAACAGAGUGAAAAUGGGUCAGCAGCGGCCAUGGAGAAUGCGUUUUCAGAAGCAUCUGCUGCUCACGCACAUCCGCUUGAAGGAGCGUGGAAGGAGGCAGGUACAGCUAAUGCUACGAGCUUAGACCAGGCGUGGGGUGACUCAAAGACUGCGGAGGAGAAGAUGAUGGACAGCGCGUGGGGUGAGAGUGACAAUUUGGAAGCAAUUUGGGAGAAAGCAAUGGCGGAGGCCCAGACUACAGACCCGUUCGAAGAUGCGUGGGAUAAUGCUACCAACCAGGACUACACUUACAAGGCCGAGAACCCUUUCUUGGACUCGUCCGAGAAUUUUCAGAAGGGGAUUGAGUUCUUCAAGUCUGGUCAUUUAGAUGACGCGAUCCUGGCUUUUGAAGCAGAGGUACAGCAGCACCCAGAAAACAGUGAGGCAUGGAGAAUGCUUGGUGAGUGUCACGCAGAGAACGACGAAGACAAGAGCGCCAUUAUUUGCCUGGAACGUGCGGUGGAGGAAGAUCCGUACAAUCUGAGUGCACUGUUGGCACUCGGUGUUAGUAAUGUGAACGAAUUGAACCCGCAAGGCGCUCUGAAAACACUGAAGGCUUGGGUGCAGCACAACCCGAAGUUUCACGGCCUGGAGAUCCAGGUAGACGAAUAUAGCGACGGAUCUUUAAUGGAUGAGGUGAUGCAGCUUAUGCUACAAGCUCGUGCACACGAUCCCAGUGAUUCGGAUGUGCAAGUCGUGCUGGGUGUCCUGUACAACGUGUCAAAGGACUACGAUGCAGCAGUCUCGAGCUUCAAGGCUGCUACGGACUCACAGCCAGAUGAAUAUGCGCUGUGGAACAAGAUAGGAGCGACCUUAGCAAAUUCAGCUCGCUCAUCCGAGGCCAUUCCCGCGUACCAUCGUGCUCUGGAGCUGAAGCCACGAUAUGCUCGCGGGUGGCUCAACCUGGGAAUCAGCCACGCCAAUCUGGGGAACUACGAGGAGGCUACGAAGUGCUACUUGCAGGCGUUGAGCUUGAACAACCGUGCAGACCACAUCUGGAGCUAUUUAAGAAUCUGCUUCACAUGCAUGGAACGGUUCGAUUUGGUGAAGAUUGCGGAUACGAAAGAUAUCGCCCGCUUUCGCGAAGAAUUCAAACUUAUCGAUCUCUAAGCCGUUCGUAAGCUCCAGUUGUCAGGUGCAUCGUCGGUCAAGCUGUAGUAACAAUUGUAUUUUACCUGGCUCCAGUAGAGAAACAGAUUUCAGAUGAAUGAAUAUCUUUGAACCGUCC